AUGGCUUUCCAAUUCGACGCACGCGCAGAUUCCUCGGACGAAGAGACCGGCGGCGGUAUCGAUCUAUCGUCAUGGAAGACUGGUGCUGCUGGUGCUGCUGGUGCUGGCCCUGCGCGCAAGACACCUCAAGAAGCUCCAGCUCCUAUUGCCCAAAUGGUAGCCCCUCAAAGAGACGACCGGUCCCAGACCAGCGAGACUCCGAACCUAGCUGCCUUCCAGAACAUUGGUAAGGGCAAGAGAACGUCGAAGUCGAGAACGCGGUCACCGCCACGGCCGUCCUUUCAAGCCGUCAACAAGCCUUUAGUAGAGCCGGAUGAUGAGCCGGUGUACGACUUGGAUACCCCUGAGCCAGCAUCGGGACUCGCUGGAGACGGAGACGCAGAAGAGGAGGACGACUUGCAAACUGCCCAGCGCCAGAAGCUCUUUGUACAGAUCUCUCGAGAUGAAGCCGACAGAGACGACUUCGAAGACCUCACAGGUGGCAGCGAAAGUGUUCGUCGUGUGCUGAGCGCUGUUCCCGUAAAGGGCGGAAAGGUGUUCUACACGGUGCUGUUUGACGACUUCCACACUGAGAAGGUACGUGUAUUGGAUUUCCUUCACUCCCCACAAGAUUGAUGCUUUGAGCUCCCACUGCACAUCUGUAUGACUCUGAUCUGGAAGAGGCGCCUUGGAGACUGGCAAUGGCAUCGGCGCUGCGAGGCACGACCGAUGGUGAUCUUGUUGUGCGGUAGAAGUGCCAGCGGUUUGCAAAGGCUCCUGCUGCCUAGCUGGUUGCCAUGCAAGACUCACCUCACUCACCCACUUUCAAAUGCUCCUUGCACGUGUCACGAGGUGACAUGUGAGCCUCACAUAGCCGUAUCACCCUAUACAAGGCCCACUUUCUUCACUUUCUUCGCUUUCUUCCUUCUUCGAACAAACACAACCGAAACACUUCCACCACCACCACCACCAACCCAAUCGUGCACCCCUCCACCGAUUCAAGACUGACACUACUGCGUAGCUCCGCCGAGACGACCUGCUCGAUUUCGAGAACGGCGAAGAAGCCCUCAGCGACUUCAAGGCGAAUCCGCCCUCUGAAGACGAGGGAUCACCUCCACCACCGGCAAAGACUACGCGAAACCGGCGUUCAAGGAUGUCUACCACUCGGCCAACUCGGUUGGGUACAGCACGUAAGAACGCUGGAUUCGUGAACACUGUGGAUUUCGUGGACGGCUCCGAUAUCGAAGCUUCCGACGAUGGGAUUGCCGUGGCCUCAGCUCGCGGUAGGCGGUCGCGCAAGCAAGACAACUCGCAAUACUACGACGAGCUAGAACCAGGAGACGACGAAGAGGAGGAAGAGGAGUCAGAUGAUGAACUCGCACGUCCAACUCGCACCAGUACCCGCAACAAGGCGAACAAAUCCGAACCUUCCAAGAAUUUGCGCAAGCGGCGCUCAAUGAGAGACGCCGAGGAGGAGGAGGAUGAGGAUGAGGAAAAAUAUGACGACUUGGAUCUUCUGAACUCCGACCUACCCGGUGUGAAGACGCGCGGGAAGAAGCGACAGCGUCGUUCUGGAGCCGACUCUGAAGAUACGCGUCAUGCCAGCAUGAGACAGUCAGCACGCUCAACUAGGCACCAAGCCGACAUGAGGGAGAAAGACGAGGGCGAUAUCUUCCGCGACGCGUCCGAAGAACCUGUCCCAGUCAGACCCAAGGUGGUUACUACCCGCGAGAUCUUCAAGCCUCUUCCACGCAAUAGCGACUUCCGACUGCGACACUACCAGUACUGCGACACCUGUGGUCAAGGGUCCAACUUCGCUCCUCUCAUCGACUGCCAAGGCUGUUCCUUGACCUACCACAAGUCUUGUCUCGGACACCGUACUGGCCGCGAGCACCUUGUCACCAAAGUCGGUGAAGAGGACUUCGUCCUACAGUGCCGGCGUUGCGUCGGCAUUCCGCGUAAGAAGGAUCAUACUGCUCCAGACCAUGGCAAGUGCCAAGAGUGUCACCAUCACGGCGCAAGCUGUCGACCAUUCCGUCCUCGCAAGACGGCGGGUCAAGAACAGAGGGAGCGCGACGAUAACGAUGGCGUUGACCCGACAUACUCGGUGGAUCCGCAGCGCAUCAAUAAUGCCGACAAUGUGCUGUUUCGCUGCGUUGGUUGCUUUCGUGGCUUCCACUACGAGCACUUACCGUCCCGCUCCGAUCUUAUGGACGUAGACAUGGAAGUGGAUGCAGAGCAGCGAUUCAGAGAGUACAGCCGCGAUUGGAAGUGCAGAGAGUGUGUUGACAUGCCUGCAAAGGUGUCUGGCCUCAUUGCUUGGAAACCUGUCGAGGAGGACGCAUACGAUCCUGCAGACGGAUAUGAGGGUCUCAACGAGGAAGACAAGGUCUACCUUGUGCGAUGGGAGGGCAUGUCUUACUUUCGCGCGCGCUGGAUGCCGGGAGCCUGGGUUUGGGGUGUUACUCCAAUCGUGACACGCAAAGCAUUUGCCAAGCGCGACGAUGCACGGCAUCCUAAGAUGAGGACGGAAGAUGCAAUUCCUGAAGACUACCUGCGGACGGACAUCGUCCUGGAUAUUAGGUUCACCAGUAUCGUUGACAUCCGCACCGAAGAGAUCGACAAAGCCCGCAUUCGCGAGGUCAAAGAGGCUCUUAUCAAGUACAAGGGUCUCAGUUACGAGGAUGCUGUGUGGGAAGCUCCCCCAGGUCCCGAAGAUGGCGAACGCUGGACAGAUUUCGUCAUGGCGUACAAUGACUGGGUGGCAGGUCGCUACACCCGCCUCCCAAAGAGCGCCACUUUGAAGACACGACUUGAAAAGGUCCGCAAGCAAGACUUUUCAGGCCUCGAAAAGACCUCUCAGCCGGACACUAUUGAGAGCGGUAAGCUCAUGGAGUAUCAAAUCCAAGGGUUGAAUUGGCUCUACUACAAAUGGUUCACUCAAAAGAACGCCAUUCUUGCCGAUGAGAUGGGCCUCGGCAAGACGAUUCAAAUCAUAGGGUUCAUGGCAACACUUGUUCAAGAUCACCAGUGCUGGCCGUUCUUGGUAGUGGUGCCAAACUCCACCUGCCCAAACUGGCGGCGUGAGAUCAAGCGCUGGGCGCCUAGUCUUCGCGUGGUGGCCUAUUAUGGCUCUCGCGAGAGCAGAGAAAAGGCCCUUCGUUACGAACUCUACCCAGAAGGUUGCAAGGACGUGCGCUGCCACGUCGUCGUGACCAGUUACGACGCGGCAGCUGAUGAAAGCUGCCGCAAAUUCUUCAAAAGCGCUGCAUGGCAAGGCCUGAUUGUGGACGAAGGCCAGCGUCUGAAGAACGACAAGAAUUUGCUCUACACUGCCCUGGGUGCGCUCAAAGCCCCCUUCAAGGUUUUGCUCACCGGCACACCACUUCAGAACAACGCUCGCGAGCUCUUCAACCUACUACAUUUCUUGGACGACAACUAUGAUGCCGCAGCACUAGAGAAGGAGUAUGAAGACCUGGACCAGGAGAAGAUUGGUCAGCUGCAUGAUAUGAUCCGGCCAUUCUUCUUGCGCCGCACCAAAGCGCAGGUUCUUACGUUCCUACCUCCCAUGGCACAGAUCAUCAUUCCAGUCAGCAUGAGCCUGGUGCAGAAGAAGCUGUAUCGAAGCAUUCUCGCCAAGAACCCUGACCUCAUGAAGGCCAUCUUCAGCACUGAAUCAAGCUCGAAGCAGAGCGACCGAGGCAGUUUGAACAACAUCCUCAUGCAGCUGCGAAAGUGCCUGUGCCACCCCUUCGUGUACAACAAGAGCAUCGAAGACCGAAAUGUGGACAUUGCAUCAUCCCACCGAAACCUCGUCGAUGCAAGCAGCAAGUUGAAGCUCUUGGAGGUCCUCCUGCCGAAGCUGCAAGAGCGAGGACACCGUGUCCUGAUCUUCAGCCAGUUUCUCGAAAUGCUCGACAUUGUGGAGGAUUUCAUGGAUGGCAUGCAGAUGCGUUACCAGCGUCUGGACGGCGCGAUCAACGCACUGACCAAGCAGAAGCGUAUCGAUGAAUUCAACGCUCCCGAUUCUGCGCUCUUCGCCUUCCUGCUCUCAACUCGAGCUGGUGGUGUUGGUAUCAAUUUGGCCACCGCAGAUACUGUCAUCAUUCUUGACCCCGAUUUCAACCCACAUCAAGACAUUCAGGCUCUCUCCCGAGCGCAUCGUAUCGGACAGAACAAGAAGGUGCUUUGCUUCCAGGUCGUCACGCGAGCCAGCGCCGAGGAGCGCAUCAUGCAGAUUGGGCGCAGGAAGCUUGCUCUCGAUCACGUGCUCAUUCAGGAGAUGAAUGAGGACGAGGCAGACCAGAAUGAUCUCGUCUCGGUCUUGCGCCACGGCGCAAGCGAGCUCUUCGAAGACAGUGGGGAUCAGGACAUUGUGUACGACAAUUCCAGCGUCGAGCGUCUGAUCGACAGAAGCCACAUGGAAGAUACGAAAUCUGGUGCUGACAAGAGCGCUGAGACGCAAUUCUCGUUCGCUAGAGUUUGGGCCAAUGACCAGGGCGCUCUCGAAGAUGCCGCGGUGCCAGAGGUCGAGGAGACUGCGCCGGAUCCUGGUGUCUGGGCCAAUAUCCUCAAAGAGCGUGAGCGAGUCGCCGCUGAGGAAGCUGCUGCCAAAGCAGAAGAAUUCGGCCGCGGCCGUCGUGCGCGUACGAACAAUGUCGACUAUACUGGCGACAAGGUGGACGGUGCCGACGGCAUCGACAUCACACCUAUCAAGAGCAAGCGCAAGCGUACUAAAGAGGGCUCAGAGAGCGACACGGACUUCCAGGCCGAUGACAGCGACGGCGACGACGAUCCCGAAGACGGUGAGCACCUGGAGAAUGGUGAGUUGAAAGGUUUGGAUCAUGAUCGUACUAAACCCGAAGCAGGCAAGAACAAAUACGGUAAGGCAUCCCAGAAACCCGCAUCGCCUAAGAAAGAGGUGAAGAAGUUGCGCUCCACGAAAGCCAAGGCACCAAAGGAGCCUCAGUCAAUGAGGAAGUCUGGAGGGGCAAAAGGCAAGAAGUUCAACAAUGCUGCUGCAGUUAGCGCGGUUACGCCGGCCAGGUCUUCUGCAUCAACACAGAAGAUGACUCCGGUACAGCCGCGCGGCAAGAAGUUGCCUCAGCACGCCAAAAUCUCAUCGCUACAAUCUUCAGCGGUAAAGCUGGGUAAAAUGGUGGCGCAGAGUGUCAUGGCCAAACAGGGUCAAACUCAGUCUUCUCCCGUGACUGAGCCUGACUCUAAGCGACCAGGACCUUCUUGGGACUUCAACAGUCUCGAGGGCAAGGCGGCUGAUAAAGCCGGCGUCCUGGAAGACAAUUAAGCACUCCCACGAACAUCAUGUCCCUGGCACUUGGCACAAUUCUCAGGAUGCAGGACACCAUGGGCUGACACAAUCACCAAAACAGAAGUCUUUCGUCGAGCCGUCGUACCCAAGCCCGAUCUCUCGCGUUACCAGGACAGGUUCCCAGCGAAUGGAGCCACUAACCAGCCAAUUACCAUCACCGACGCGAACAAUCCGAUCGCCCUUGGAGUCAAUUGUCGCGCAUGCAACACUUACCACCCCGUCGGCAGCUGUCCUAUCAAGUUGGCUGGGGCGGAGCACUGCAACCUUUGUGGCAUUGCACAUUAUGGACAUGCGCGAGUCUGCCCUCACAUCCAGUCGGAGACACAGGUAUGGUCGCCCUCGGAGUAAACGCGACCAGUGGUCAUUUGCUAACGCGGUAUAGGUUCGCGCGAUGCUCGAGGCGCUCAAGUACUCCAACGAGCCUGAGCAUCUCGUCAACGAGGCGAAACGCUACUUGCGAGGAUUGAAGGGUAAUUUGGUUCAGAUGAAGAAGCAAAAGGAAGCCAAGGAACACGCCAUGAGAGAGACGUAUGCUCGCGAGGCUUUCAAUCGGAGCAUCAACCCGGGCAUGAACCAGGGAGGUGGAUGGUGA